GAGUUGGGUGCCUUAUACAUUUAUGUGAGAAGAAUUUACUCGGAAGUUGAAAAACAGGCUCUUAAUAAUAAAUUAAAUAAUGGAUUGCCUUAGUUAUUAUUGAACACUACAAACAAUUAUUUACUUUUCUACUAUAACUCUUUAUUUACAUAUUUGUAUCAAAUCUUUGUAAAGAGCAUGGAAAGCAGUCAAUUAUAAUUCUUUCCCUACAUAUAAUAAUUCUCUUUGAUAGCAUUAUACUUCUUACGUAGUAUAUAGCUUACUCUAUAAUAUUAUGUCAGGUGCACUCAUAUAUAUCUGAGCAUAUAUAUUAUAAUUCUCUUUGGGUGCACUGAGCUCAGAGCACUGAGGGUGCAUGGAAAAAAUCAUAAUUCUCUUUAAAAAUCUAUGGAUGUCAAUCAAAUUUGAUUACAAAUCCAACAACUUUCCAUAUAUAUGAGCAUAUAUAUUAUAAUUCUCUUUGCCAAUAACUAUACUUUUAAUUUUGUUCACAGCCAAACAAAAUAAAUUGCAUUGGAUUUAAUUUUGUUAUUUAAGAAAUGAUUUAUGUAAAAUGUUAAAAAAGCACUUAUGUCCUUGUGUUAAAAAACACGUAAUUAGUAACUACAGCAGUCUCAAAUGGGCGAUCAGGCUACUACUAUCUUUUACAGGAGGCUUUGCAAUAGGUCAAAUUUAUUAUUUGUACUUAUUGAAGAAAAUUCCUUUCCCUGAUGAAACAGGGCUUAUUCUCUCUAUAGGUAUAAGCAUAUUACUUGGCCUAGCUAAUGUUAUAUCAAUUCAAAUGAGAUGCAUAUCCCUGCUUAUCAUUCCGAUGUACUGCGGGAAGUCUGGUCGAGGAGUUCUGAAGGCAGUGGUCUUGACUUAUGUCGUGGCUGGUCCCAUAACAAAUAUGUGCUUGAAUGCUAAAGAAGUGGUGCGCGAGUUUGCUUGCAGCAAUGAAUUAUCUCACAAUAUUUCAAAGGCAAAAUAUGAACUUGUAGAAAAACCGGUUAGAAGAACUGCAAAUGAUUUGGAAAAUGAAGUGGGACAAUUUAAGGACACGAUCAGCUCAAUUGAUAUCGUGAUUGGACCAUUGGAGGAUGAAAUAGAGGGCACUGACGAGGAAUAUCAAAGUCGCGUAGAAAAUGACUACAUUGACGACUUAUUUAGCACUUCCAGAAGUUCAGACAGUAGAAUACAUAAUGUUAUAAAAACAUAUUCAGAAAACGACUACUACCUAAAGAAAUAUAUAAGUAAACUAGAAUACAGAUGUGAGAACCAACUGUCCCGAGCAGUUAUAGUCUGUUUGAAAGCGAUGUCUAAAGCAUACGAUCGGUGCAGUCAAGUUACUCCUGAGUAUGCAGGAUGGCUCCUAUGUUCGUCUGUCAGGACUCCUUACAUAUGUAAUAUAAUGAGAAAUAUAAGGCUGAAGAACACUUGUGAUAGUGCUAAACAGGUCGAUCUAGGAUUGAGUGAUGGUUUUAAUGCUUUGAAACAAAUCAAGUGCAUAUUCGUUAACAAUUCAAAAAACAUCAAAGUACAAUAUAAAGACACAUAUGAAUACGAAGUGAAUGAUAUUCAGGACGCAAAAGAAACUGGUGCACGCGUAACACAUGCUUUUGAAGAAAAGAUCUCAAUAAUGGGUACAGGCACCAUCGUAAUUAAUGUGUGCAUGGCUUUGCUUUUCCUUCGUAUAUUCUCUGCCGCCAUAUCAUACCACGAUAUGUACCUCACUCAUAUUGAUUAUGAUAAUCUUUACGUCACUGGUUGUUUCAAGCAGUUGGACGAUAGACGAAAGGCUAAGAAUAAACUCGCUCUUCUGCCGUUAAAAAAGAUGGAAAGACUGAAGUACAUAGACGUGUACUCAGUGGCGUAUACACAAGAGCGCAGUAAGUUGUACACACAAAUCCUUAAACUCAUGUUGGAGAUGAUCACUGCCACGACUUUUGUUAUGCUGGACCGGUUGUUCUACGAAGCGCUUGAUGUAGUCCACCGGCAUGCUGAGAUGGAUGCCACUUUGCCAGGAAUGCGGGAUUUGAAUAUUGAGGUGGAAGGUACAGGCAUACUCGCGGGGCUUAUACGCAAGCUACUCAACAAUUUCAACGAUCUAUGUUUUCAGAAGAUCAAUAAUAGCGAAUGCAUACCUAGACCGCGUCUGAUGCCUCCCAUAUAUUUCCUAAAGAUCUAUGGAGGCUACUUAUGGAUUCUGUUACUUCUUUAUGUUAACCCUUACACGCUGCGACUAAGAAGAUUAAUCUGUAGUUAUUUCUACCCACUGCGAGAGAAACAUAGAAUUUUGCAUCUCUACAAUGACAUACUGAAGAAACGAAUGAAGAUAAACAAAACUUUUCGUCGAAAGGCCGUGCAAGCAGUGCGUGCUCAUUAUCUCUCCGGUGAGAAUAUGCUGAGUCUACGCAUGAAGUUCCCUGAGUUUCUGGGAUGGCUGACGAUAUUCUCAGCAGCCAGGAUGACGUGCCUCAUCUGUGGCGAAACUGAACCUCGGAAAAUGAAAACGGAACAGUGGCAUUCGUGUCACGUAACAAAAUGUCCGUUCGUGUACUGCGCGGAGUGCUGGAGCGAGAUAGGAGCGCGCUGUCUCGCUUGCGACCCCAGCCUAGUGGAGCUCAGCGAUAUAGAUUCUCUGAGUGAAGACGAACACCCUCGAUACUAAUUAAAAACUUAUUAAAAUGAA